AUGAAUAAAAAUAAAAGUGAUGAUUGCGCCAUAAAUCCUUGCGCUUUUAACGCUACAUGCACAGAUUUGAUAAAUGAUUUUCAUUGUAAUUGUCCUGAUGGUUUUACGGGAAAAAGGUGUGAAGAAAAAAUUAAUAUAUGUGAAGUAAAUCCUUGUCAUCAUGGUUUAUGUGUUGAUUCAUUAUUUUCAAGAAAAUGUAUUUGUGAUCCUGGUUGGGAUGGUGAAUCUUGUGAUAUAAAUAUUAAUGAAUGUCUUGUGAAUCCAUGUAAAAAUAAUGGUAUAUGUAUUGAUUUAAUUAAUGAUUUUGAAUGUCAAUGCUUACCAGAAUUUUAUGGUUCAACAUGCCAAUAUCAAGUAAAUUAUUGUGCUCUAGAAAAAUGUUAUAAUGGUGGAAUUUGCAAAAAUGAUAAAAAUAAUUUUACAUGUAUAUGCCCAAAUGGAUUUGAUGGUAUAAGAUGUGAAAAUAAUAUUGAUGAAUGUAAAUUAUCAAAAUGUGAUCCAAAUGGUACAUUAAAAUGUAAAGAUAGUAUUGAUAAAUAUGAAUGUAUUUGUAAAAAAGGUUUUAUUGGAAAAUAUUGUGAUCAAAAAAUUGAUGAAUGUCAAAAAAAUCCAUGUUAUAAUAAUGGAAUAUGUUAUAAUGAAAAUAAUGAAACAAAAUGUAAAUGUAAUAGAGGAUGGAAAGGUGAAUAUUGUCAAGAAGAAAUUAAUAUGUGUUUAUUAUUAUCUAAUCCAUGCCAAAAUAAUGGUCAUUGUAUACCAUUACCAGAUGAAAGUUAUUAUUGUUCAUGUCCUGAUGGUGUAUCAGGUACUAAUUGUCAAAAUUUACCAGAUCUUUGUUUAGGACAACCAUGUUUAAAUGGUGGAACAUGUAUUAAUCAUGGAACUUAUUCAGAAUGUAAAUGUCUUUCAUCAUAUACUGGUGAUGGUUGUCAAUAUAAAAUUGAUACAUGUAAUGAUGAUUUUUGUAAAAAUGGUGGAGAAUGUAUUAAUGAACAAAAUGAUUUAUUUAAAUGUAAAUGUCAACCAGGUUUUACAGGUGAUAAUUGUGAAAUAAAUAUUGAUAAUUGUUAUAAUAAUAAUUGUCCUGAAACAGCAUAUUGUAUUGAUCAAAUCAAUAAUUAUGAAUGCCUUUGUCCAUUUAAUAAGACAGGUUUAGCUUGUGAUAAACUUGUUGAUGUUGAUUAUGAUUUAAAAUUUCUGGAUGGUAUAGAAAUAGGUGAGGCAAGUUUAUCUGUACCAUUACAAUUUGCUGGAAAUGGACUAAGUAUUAGUUUGUGGGUAAAAUUUGACCAUGGUAUAAAUGGUGGUGGUAGUUUUUUAACACUUUAUAAUAGUGAAAGCCCAAAUUAUGAUAAAAAUUCAAAAGAAAUAUUAAGAAUAAGUGACAAAGGAUGUUUUGUAAAUUUUUUUAAUAAUGAAGAAAAUAUUACAUUAAGAUUUCCACAAAAUCAAAUUAUAAAUGAUGGAAAUUGGAAUCAUAUAUCAUUUUUAUGGAAUGGUUUAGAUGGUACUGGAACAUAUUCAUUGAUAUGGAAUUCUAUAAGAAUUGUUCAAGAUAUAGGAAAUGGGCAAAAUACAUUCUUAAAUGGUAAUUUUUGGAUAAAACUUGGUAGCAAUAUUGAUGAUGAUAAAAAAUUUGUUGGUAGUAUAACAAGAGUUAAUUUAUGGAAUAGAAUAAUUAAUUUUGAUACAGAAAUACCAUUAAUAGUUAAAGAUUGUCAAGGUGCUGAAGAUAUAUUUGAUGGACUUGUUUCAAGAUUUACAGGAUAUAAUAAAAUUAAAGGAAAAAUUGAAAGAGUACAUAAAAGUACAUGUGGAAGAAGAAAUAUAAAUGAUAGAAAAAAUGUAGUAACAUUAAAUUAUGAAAAAGAAAUUAUUGUUAAAAAUUGUCCAGAAGAUAUAUUAAUUUCAACAAAUAAAAGAAAUAUUAAUGUUACAUGGGAAGAACCUAUAUUUGAAAGUUCAUUAGGAUUACAAAUUAAAAAAAUUGAUAAAAAUUUACGUCCAGGACAGGUAUUUGUACCAGGAAAUUAUAUGGUUUUAUAUGUAGCAGAAGAUGAAAAAAAUAAUGUUGGAGAAUGUCAUUUUAAUAUUUAUGUAUCACCAAAUAAUUGUACACCACCAGAAGAUCCUAUAAAUGGUAUACAAGCAUGUGAAUCAUGGGGACCUAAUAAUAGAUAUAAAGUAUGUUCAAUAACAUGUCAUGAUGGAUAUGAAUUUCCAAUUGAAGCACCAUCAUUUUAUUCAUGUUCUGCUGAAGGAUUAUGGAGACCUAAUAUAAAUCAACAUAUUUUUAGAUAUCCAAAUUGUGCUAAAAGUCAUAAUGCAAAUCGUGUCAUUAAAAUAAAUGUAAAUUUUCCAAAUUCCGGUUUAUGUAAUAAUGCUGCUAAAAAUGCUUUGGGUGAAAAAAUUUUACAAAGAUUACAAUAUUUUAAUACAAAAUGGAAAAUUUGUAAUGAAAAAUUAAGUGAAUUUGAUAUUAAUGAUGAUUCAUGUUCACAUCUUAAUGUUACUGUUGAAUGUACAAAAAAGAUAAAUAAUCGAGUACGUAGAGAUCAAGAUAUACCAAGUCAAAUGUUUAAUGUUACUAUUGAAAUUGGUGUUAAAAGAGAUUCUGAAACAUCUAAAAAUAUUAAAAUCAUUGAUUUAUUACAAUCAGAAAUUUUAUUAAAUGAUAUUUUUAAUUUAAAUCAAAUAAUACCUAAUGGUAUUCCAGAUUUAAAUUCACUUAAAAUUGAUAAUGUUUAUCAUUGUGGUUUUGGAACAAUUUUGAAGAAUGAUGUUUGUGUACCAUGUGGACCAGGAAUGGCAUUUAAUAUUAAAAAAAAUAUUUGUGAAUAUUGUCCUAUUGGAAGUUAUCAAUCACGUGAAGGUGAAAUAUCAUGUAUUUUAUGUCCAAAUGCAACAACUACAAUUGGUGUUGGUUCAACUACACCAGAUGAAUGUAAACCAACAUGUGAACCAGGGUAUUAUUUUAAUAUUCAAACUUCUAUUUGUGAAGAAUGUGGUGUUGGUAUGUACCAACCUGAAAAAGGAAAGUUCAAUUGUUAUGCCUGUGGUGUAGGUCAAACAACAUUAUUGUCAACUUCAAUAACAGUUGAUGAUUGUCGUGAUGAAUGUCCUGAUGGUGAACAAAUGACAAUUUCUGGAGUAUGUCAACCAUGUUCAAUAGGAAGUUAUAGAACUAAAGGACAACAUAGACAAUGUGAAUUAUGUCCUGAAGGAACAACAACAGAAUCAACAAAUUCUAUAAAUAAGGAACAAUGUAAUUUACCAAAAUGUAUGCCAGGACAAUAUUUAUAUAGUGAAGAAAAAAAAUGUCAUCUUUGUCCAAGAGGUACAUUUCAAGAUAAUGAAGAACAAACUAAAUGUAAAUUAUGUCCAAUUGAUUAUACUACUGCUUCACAAGGUGCAACACAUGAAAGUCAAUGUUAUUCAACAAAUCAAUGUGAAACAGGUGAAAAUGAUUGUUCAUGGCAUGCUAUAUGUAAAGAUCUUCCUGAUGAUGGUGAUAUACCAUCAUAUGAAUGUACAUGUAAACCAGGAUAUCGUGGGAAUGGUACAUUAUGUAUUGAUUCAUGUACAAAUUAUUGUUUAAAUGAUGGUAUGUGUAAAAAAAAUACUCAAGGAAAUGUUGAAUGUAUUUGUAAGGAAAAUUUCUCUGGUGAUAGAUGUGAAAUACGUUUCCAACCAAAACAACAAAAAUUAGUUAUUAUAACAAUAUCUAUUGUUAGUGUUGUUGCUAUAUUUAUUAUAAUUAUUGUCAUAUUUUGGAUGAAUCAAUAUAGAUUUAAUAGAAUUAAACAUUUUAAUGAAAAAGAAAAACCACCAUUUGGUAAUAAUAUUGGAAUAAAUUCUAAUUUUGUUUAUGGUACAACAAACCUUCAACAAUCUUUAAAUGUUGGUCUUGAAAUGAAACAUAGCAUAGGAGGUAAUGGUGUAAUAACACGUCCAGUAGGUUUUUACUAUGAAGAUGAUGAUGAGUAUAGUGAAACAAAUGUCAUAAAAAAAAUAAAUGAUAACACUGAAAUACGACAUGACCGUUAUUCACAAAUGUCAGAGGAAUUAAAAAACAAUGAUCAAGGAACAUUAAACUGCGGACAUUAG